UUAUUGGGGCAUGUUUGACACCACAUCAUCAGGCCAGAGAGCAGUUGUUGAGCUCACUCUUCGGGCUUUCCGCAAGACUGAUUUCACCGGCUUUAUUUGAAACAUUUUCCCUCCCAAGUGCCCGCGUGAAGAUACAACACCGCCCUUAAAAGAGUGACUCACAUUCCCCCAAGGAGUGUUUUUUCCUCCAGUCCACACAGCUAAAAAGAAAGAAACGACAAACGUGCCCCUAAAAUGGUUAUCACGGAGUCCCAGGUUGGGGUGCACGACCUCGUGCUCCUCACGGAGCUCACGGAGGAACAAAUUGUGGAGAACCUGCGGAAAAGAUUCCAAGCGAAUGUGAUUUACACGUACAUCGGGGAGGUGUGCGUCUCCAUGAAUCCCUACCGGGAGAUGAAUAUCUACGGGACGGACAAUGUUAACAAGUACAAAGGCAGGGAACUCUUUGAGAAUCCUCCGCAUAUUUUUGCCCUUGCCGAUGCUGCCUAUCGUGCCAUAAAGCAGAAGAAUAGCGACACAUGCGUGAUCAUUUCAGGAGAAUCUGGAGCGGGAAAGACCGAAGCAUCCAAGAUUAUUAUGAAAUACAUCGCAGCUAUAACAAAUCCCGAGAGUCAAGCUCAAAUACAACGGGUUCGGAAUGUCCUGAUUCAGAGCAAUUCCCUCCUGGAAUCCUUUGGGAAUGCAAAGACAAAUCGCAACGACAAUUCAAGUCGUUUCGGGAAGUACAUGGAGAUUGUGUUUGACUUCAAAGCCGAUCCCGUGGGUGGGGUUGUGACGAAGUAUCUCCUUGAGAAAUCCCGCGUAAUCCAGCAACUUCCGGGUGAGAGGAAUUUCCAUUGUUUCUACCAACUCCUCAAUGGGGCCACGGACAAGGAGCUCAAGGAUCUCUGCUUGUCACGCAAUCCGAGCCAAUUUCACUACACAAGUCAGGGGACAAUCGAUGCCACGGAGAAGGCCAACUUCAAGACCACCCUGGCUGCCCUGACAUCCCUGCAUUUUACAGCUGAUGAAAUUCAAACCAUUUGGCGACUCCUCGCAGCCAUUCUCUGGCUUGGGAAUGUUCAAUUUAAAAGCGAAGACGACAAGUUGGAGGUUGCAAAUCAGAAUGCCCUGAAGAAUGUUUCAACAUUGCUGCGUGUCACGGAGACGGAUCUCCGGCAUGCGCUCACGGGGCGCGUGAUUGCUGCCCGUGGGGAUGUAAUGGUGAAGGCACACAGUGUCACACAGGCGGAAUUUGGACGUGAUGCCCUGGCCAAGUCAAUCUAUGAGCGUCUCUUUGAUUGGAUCAUUGAGCAUAUUAAUCGGGGCAUUGCGACGCCCGGAGAUAAAAAUCUCCAGAGGUACUUCCGGGAAAUUGGCGUCCUGGACAUUUAUGGGUUUGAGGUGUUUGACACGAAUAGCUUUGAGCAAUUCUGCAUAAACUACUGCAAUGAGAAGUUGCAGCAACUCUUCAUUGAGUUGGUGUUGCAGCAGGAGCAGGAAGAGUACCGCCGGGAGGGGAUUGAAUGGACGGUCAUUGAGUAUUUUAACAAUCAGAUAAUUUGCGAUCUCGUCGAGAAGCCCCAUACGGGGAUUAUUGCAACAAUGGACGAGGCGUGCCUCAAUGUGGGGAAGAUAAAUGAUGAGAUUCUCCUGGAGGCGAUGGAUAAGAAACUCGCGACGCAUCCACACUACAGCAGCCGACAGUUGAAGCCAAUGGAUAAGGAGUUGCAUCAUAAGAAGGAUUUCCGGAUUGUUCACUUUGCCGGUGAUGUUGUUUACAACAUUGAUGGGUUCCUGGAGAAGAAUAAGGACACACUGUUUCAGGACUUUAAGCGUCUCCUGUACAGCAGCAAGGAUCAGUUCCUGAGCAAAAUGUGGCCUGAGGGGGCACAGGAUAUUGCGCAGAUCACAAAACGCCCCCUGACGGCGGGAACACUCUUCCAGCGCUCAAUGCAGGAGCUCGUGAAGCAACUGAAGACAAAGGAGCCCUUCUACCUGCGUUGCAUUAAGCCCAAUGACAUCAAGGCACCGGCUAAAUUUGACACAGAACGCGUUCGGCAUCAGGUGCGCUACUUAGGGCUGCUGGAGAAUGUCCGGGUGCGUCGUGCGGGCUUUGCCCAUCGGCAGACCUAUGAGAAAUUCCUGGGACGCUACAAAAUGAUCUCACAGUACACGUGGCCCAAUUACCGCGGAGCUGGGGCACGGGAAGGUGUUGAGGUGCUCAUGAAGGACACCAAAUUCCACCAUGACGUCAAGUAUGGGCGCUCGAAGAUCUUCAUUCGUACCCCCGGGACGGUGUUUGAGCUGGAACGGCAUCGCAAUCAAAUGAUCCCACAUAUUGUGACGCUCAUUCAGAAGCACGUUCGUGGAUGGAUCUGUCGGCAGCGCUACCGGAAGAUGGUGGCAGCACGCACGAUUCUGCGGCACUACCGCAACUACCGCCUCCGGAAGUACGUGGAGAAGUUGGCGAAACUCUUCAGGAAUGCCCGAAACGUCCCGGACUAUGGCAAGAGUAUCCAAUGGCCGAGUGAAAAGCUCGUUCAGCGUGAUGCCAAACGCAUCCUUCAUGAUAUUUUCACAAAGUGGCGCUGCUUCAUGAUCCUCAGGCGAUACCCACGCUCUGAAUGGCCAACGCUGCGCCUUCAGAUCGUUGCAGCGCAUGCCCUGGGAAGGAAGAGACCCCACCUGGGGCUCCAUCGCAAAUGGCAGGGGAACUACUUGUCAAUCGCAGCGGAGAAUUCGCAGUACAACGCAUACAAUGCCAGCGCGAGGACAAUGAUGAGUACGGACAACUUCAAGAGUAUCCUCUUUUCGGCAUUUGUGAAGAAAUUCAAUCGGUUCAACAAGAGUGCCGAUCGUGCCAUUAUGAUCACCGAGAAUGCCAUCUAUAAGCUCGAGGAUGCCAGGGGAAAGUUCCGGAAUAUGAAGCGUUCCAUUGCCAUACGGGAUCUCACGGGGCUCAGUGUGAGUCCAGAUCGGGAUCAACUCAUUGUUUUUCACUCACCAGACAACAACGAUCUCGUCGUGGCGCUCCAGGGGGAGAAUGGGGCGCUACUGCACGAGGAUAGAAUAGGGGAAGUCAUUGGGAAUGUCUGCAAGAGAUUCUAUGACAUCCACCGUAGCGACCUGAAAGUAUUCGUGGAGACAUCGAUAUCGUGCCAGUUGGGCAAGAAAGCCCGCAAAUUGAACGUUGAAGUUGUGUCGGCCAACAAUUUGCCAGCAUUCCGCAAUGCCGGCCACCUCGUGACAUUCGAAGUGCCUCCAAUAUCCAAUUAAAAAAUCCUUUUAAAUACUAUUUAAAGAAAAAAAACUGCUCUGUGUGCUUUCACAAAGUGCUUAAAAAAUGCUUGAAAAACAAGAAAGAAAAAAAAACGUGCGUGCUACUUAAAAUUUUUGUGUUUUUGAGAAAAACCUAAAAUUGUAUUUUUCUAAUAACUUAAAAAGUAUAAAAAUUGAAAAAUAAAACAACAAGAAUGAUGGUCAUCAAUGUAAUUUAUAUUAUUUUUUUAACAAUAUAUUCUCGUACAUAAAUAUAUUUUAAAAUUAAGAAAA